AUGGUUAACACAUCCAAACAAAGAGUUUACAACUGGUAUAUCUCAUUGGUAGCCGCAAGUUGUAUGGUGCUCUAUGGUUAUGAUGCAGCCGUUUUCAACGCAGUACAAGGUUCCAAAAAUUGGGCCAACUAUUGGGGGAAUCCCGACCCAAAUCAAAUUGGCGCUGUUAACACUGCGACCACCGUUGGCGGUAUUGUAAUCGGUUGGUUCGUCUCCGCGCCCAUUAGUGACCACUUCGGACGUCGAGUUGCCAUGUGGCUUGGUGCAUUCGUGGUUCUUUGGAGUACAUUUAUUCAGGCCUUUGCACCUGCCGGUCAUGGUAUCGGGGCCUUCCUAGCAGGGAGAUGUCUUGUGGGUAUGGGACAAGGUCUGGCUCUACCCGCUGGACCUGUGUACAUCGGUGAACUGGCGCCACCAGAAGUUCGAGGCAAAAUUAUGAGUUUCUGGCAGAUGUUUUUCAGCGUUGGCAGUUUUCUGGCGUAUUGGGUUAACUAUGCCUGUACCAAAAAUGUUCCCAAACUAGGAAAUUGGGAUUGGAGGAUGGUUGUUAUCUUCCAAAUCGUUUUCCCCGCAAUAAUCUGCAUUUUGAUCUUCUUUUGCCCGGAGACGCCACGUUGGUAUAUCCAGAAGGGUAACGAGGAAGCCGCGCGGAGGUCUUUGAGGAAAGUUAGAGAAACGGAAGAGGAGGUCGAAGCUGAGAUCCAGCAGAUUAAACAAGCUAUUGAAUACGAGAAACAUGUUCUGGAUGGAAGAUAUUUGCCAUUAUGGAAAGAUCCUUCUAUUCGCAAACGCCUCAUUCUCGCUUUUAUCAUGAACUUUGGUCAGCAGAUUACUGGACAGGGAUCCCUUAACAGCUACUCCACGAUUGUAUACAAGCAAGUGUUCAAGGAUAACUCGACUAUCCAGCUUAUCAAUGCACUCAACGGGACGUUUGGUAUCCUCUUCACACUCAAUGCAACAUGGACGGUAGACAGAUAUGGUCGAAAGUUCCUUCUCUUUGUCGGUGCUAUUGGUAUGGCAGUGUGCAUGAUCUGCUCAGCUAGCGUCUAUAUCGGCACACCUACCGAGGAAGGUGGGGCCAAAGCCACCGGUGUUGCUAGCAGUAUUGUUUUCCUUAUGUUUUUGUUCGCGUUCUUCUACAAGCCUUCCUGGGGAGCUGCUGUUUGGAUUUGGACUUCUGAAAUCUUUUCGAUGAAUGUCCGGGCCCAAGCAGUUGCAAUGUCUGCACAGAUGCAGAACGUCAGCAAUGCUAUCGUCAAUCAGAUUUUCCCACUGAUAUUAAACAAGAUUGGGUUCAAGGCUAUGUAUAUGUUCGCAGGGAUCAAUGUUCUCCUCGCAGGGUUUGUCUGGUUCUAUAUUCCUGAAACCAAGGGAAUGGCACUCGAAGAUAUGGAUACUCUUUUCGGGGGCGUCAGCCAUGCUGAGAAGGGAGCAGCUUUUGUUGAGCACGAUAAUCCAACUGAGAUUGCUAAAGACGGUGCGGACCUAACUGUCCACGAACUGGAGAAUGUGCCGAAGAAGGAAGCUGUAUGA